UGUGUUGCAGAAGUGAGAAGUGCCACACUGGACGCUCUCUGUUCACUGUCACUGAACAACACACACUUUGCCAAUAUGGCGCUGGACUUUCUGGUCGACAUGUUCAACGAUGAAAUCGAAGAUGUGCGACUGAAAGCCAUUCAUGCACUCACCAAAAUAUCCCGGCACAUUGUGCUCAGGGAAGACCAGCUGGAGACUAUCCUCUGUGCUUUGGAGGAUUUCUCAAUGGACGUGAGAGAAGGUCUCCACAGUAUGAUGGCCGCAUGUCGGCUCUCUACCAAGGGCUGUCUCAAGAUGUGUGUCGAACGGCUACUAGAUAAUCUCAAAAGGUACCCACAAGACAAGAAAUCCACCUGGCACUGCCUACAGAAGAUAGGAGCUCUGCACCCCGAGCUAACCUUGCCGUUGGUUCCGGAACUGCUGUCUAUUCAUCCGUUCUUCGACAUGCCGGAACCGGAUGUGGAGGACCCGGCCUACCUGUCGGUGCUCAUUCUGGUGUUCAACGCCGCCCAACAUUGUCCCACAAUGGUGCAGCUGUUCGAAGACGUCACUGUGCAGCAUUAUAGUUAUCUAAGGUCGACUAUACCUCAUUUGGUGCCGCAUUUGAAGUACUGCGGCGCGCACGCGACCGAACUCGCACCAGUCCCGACCUCCUCGCUUCGCUUCCUUGACAGCAUCCUGUCCCGCGUGGCAGCCGCCCCAUCUCCCCGCGUCUCAGCCACCCUCCUGGAGGCUGCCGGCCGCCAUCUUGCCACUCUGUCCGACAUAGACGCCACUGUUGCUGGGUUGCGCACUUCCUCAGUCUACAUUGCCAGUCAACUGCAGUUGGGCAAACUGUUGGCCGACAACCGGUGCUACAGCAACAACACCACCUCGCUGCAAGCCAAUCCAGUGCGCAACUCUAUUGCGCAUCUCUUGCAGUUGUGUCUCAAGCUAGAAUACCUGUUUGCUGGACUAGAUGAAAAAGAUGUGGCUGCUGUGAAACAGUUGAAACUGCGCACCCUGGCGCUUCAACUCGUCUACAUUGUCAGAGCGUCCAAUUUAUCAGCACUUGCCCGUGUGACAACUUCCUACUGCAAGUCGAAAGCACCGAACGGUAUUUGAGCGAGACAGGUCUGGCGCCUGAACAGUCACGUGUUCAGUAUUCAAGAGAUGAGUGGUUUGGAGGAAGCCAAGCCUGGAACGGUGGCUCGUAUCCUACUGCCUUUGCUGCAGAAAUCGGUUCAUCCUCCGCCUCCCAGGCCAAGCAC